CAUCUGCUCUAGCACAUGGACAUUGCCAAGUCAUAAGGAAAAAGGAGCGUGUACCGAAGACUACGACGAUGCAGGACUAUGUUGCUCAAAAUACCCUGGUCCCCACGGUGCCGAAAAGUACAGUAGAGGUGCAGCUUAAGAAAAGUAGUGAAGUGAAGCCACCACCAACGCAUGACUAUAGGGCUUCGAAGAGGCAGAGAAGAUCAAGCUCAGGCCAUGGCAGGGCUCCAUUGCCAGAAACCCCCAGUGGCCCUGCUCAGUCGCAGCGACACGUUACCCCAGUCUGCAAGAAAAAGAAGGAUCCAUCUGAAACGACAAAUGAUCAGGUUCGCAAUUCAAAGGUCACCAUGGCUAUGGAGAGUUCAACAGCCAUACAGCCCAAAAAAUGUAAAAAGGUCAGACCACCACCCAACCAGACCAGUAUGGCUAUCGAAAGGCAAAAGACCCAUAUCGGAGCCAGCUCAGCACAAGGCAUGGCUCAAUUGCAAGAAUCCCAAAGUAUGCCUCCCACGGCACAGAGCCAAGUAACCCCGUUUGUUACAAUGCCUACAGGUCACAGUGAAACUACUCAGGUCCCCGUGGCGUUUCGCACACCAGCUGUUGUGCAAGCUAGGAAACGUAAAAAGGUCAGACCACCACCCAAACAGACCAGUAAUGCUAUCGAAAGGAAAAAUACCUAUAUUGGAGCCAGCUCAGCACAAGGCACGGUUCCAUUGGGAGAAACCCAAAGUAUGCCUCCCACGGUACAGAGCCAAGUAUCCCCGUUUGUUCACAAAAACCAAGGAGAUGGGCUACAUGAGGCUGAUAAGUACAGAGAUGAAAAAAGGCCUGAAGCUAAAGAAGGCAAAAAGUCGGACGGAAUAAUUUGCAGUGAUGAGUUACAGCCGGUUGAGGAGUUGGUUGAAGACAGCGAUGCAGAUGCCAGGGAGGUAACUCAUUAUUAUGGAGAUGUAAACGACGAAGUCAGUGGUAAUGUAAUUCAUGCAAAUGAGGUCAUGGAAUAUCACUACAGUUGUGAAAGUGAUGCUGACAUGGAAAAAUAUAUCGAAUAUGCCACGUCUGAUGAUGAGAAGGAUGAGCUACAUCGGACAGGGGAAGUGGUUGAGGAACAAAGCAAUGUCUGCCCUGCGGGAGAAAGCGAGGAGACUGGAGAGUAUGGUAUUGGGGAAGACGAAGCCUCGGACACGAUGAUUAUCAAAGAUGAUGACAUUGAAACAUCUCUUGACGAGGAAGGUGUUUUUUAUUCAGUGAAACAUCUCUUGAUGAGAAAGAUGUGGUUAUAAUCAGUGAUGAUUCCUUGCUGGCUGAUGGGAUGAGUGCAACAGGAAACGAAAGUUUUGGAAGAGGUCAAAACCUGGACGUAGAUCAUAAUGAAGAAGUAGACCAAGGAACAACAAUAGCAGGAGAUGAACGAUCAGGAAUACCUGGAAACACGAAACCUGGGGUUGGCCAAAAUGGAAUGUGCAGAGGAGACAAGGAAACCGAAGGCGAAGAUACCAAAGAUAACGCCCUCCUGCAUUCCAUGCUGCUUCCCCUCACCCCUGAGAGUCUGGUUCUUCCUCUUAGCCCAGAUAGCCUAUUUGAUUUUGAGGAUGAUCAUCAAGUCAUGCAAGUUGUCACAUCUACCCCGUCAACUCAUCCAGGCAA